AUGUCCUAUGUGUUCCAGUCUGUACUCUCCCUGAGCCCUUAUGGCAUCAGCCCUGGACAUACACAGGUCUACCUCAUCAGGAACCAACUCAACCACUGCUGCACCAAGCUGGCCAGACAACAGAACAACAUCCAAAGGUGGGAUACAGUAAAGCCUUGACCAUAAACAGCGAUGACAUUACUGUAUUUGCGAUGAAUGUGUUUGCGAUGACAUUACUGUGACCAAAUGCAAGGGCUUGUUCCCUGUUCAGUAGUGAAAAUGCAUAUUGUCCACUUCAACUAAAACAUGAUUUCAUUUAACAGAAUGAGGCAGCUUUUGAAUGAUCUCCUACACGAACAACAGUCUCAACCUCCCUUGCCUCCCCCAGUAAAUACCUUGAAGAUGAGUGGCAUCAACACCUUCUCAUAUCCUCCCUCAGGCAAGGUCUUUAUUUAACUCUCCAGGUUUCAAUGCAAGCUGGGGAUUUUGUAUGACUUAACAAGAACAAAGUGUUUAAAAAGUAUGAAUAGUUAAUUAUAAUUAAUCAUUGAUCAGUAACUGUUUGUAUCUUUUCAGGAUUUGACCCAUGUCCUGCACCUCACCCAUCCAUGGGGGAAUUACCAGAUCCCCAGUCAAGCACCAGAUGGCAGCAGUGGGCUGAGCCGAAGUCCUCUGUGCUGACAGCUCAUGAUACAGCCUUUCCACAGCCAUUUGAUAGCCACUCUAUGAAUGGGCCAGAACAAUGGUAAACCUACAGCAAUCACCGUUUUUGGAGCUGCCUCCUCCUCUGUUUGUUUCAUGGUAAAUUACAUCAUGAUUUGUUAUUGAAAAGCACACUCAAUUUGAGACAGUGGAAGCCUGUGCCUGCUCAGUUGAGAGAAUGUUUUCUGAUUGGGUUGGCACACUAAAUACAUGUUGUUAAUGGAGACAGUAUUCCAGAAUAGAACAACUUGGAUUCUCAAUUCUAGGGUUCCUGAGGAGGAGAAGGAGGAGGAGGACAGAAGCACACUGCCAAGAGCCGUCAGCUUGGCGGAUGUCCAUGUUGGAAGUCCAGACCAGCUAGGUGGUAAAGCGAAGAGCCAGAAAACCUCCAGGUUAUUUCCUCUCCAUAGAAAUGGCAGGAGCAGUCGGUUUGGAGAGAAAUCUUCUAGAAUUCUCACCAGCAGUCUAUCCAACCCCGUGGACACCACCGCCAGCCCAAUGACAACCCUCAAAUCCAACAAGGCCACCGCCCCCGUCAGCCUCAUGUCUAAACACAGCCUGUCCUCGUCUAAGAACAAGAGGAACCAGAGUAGAGGACACAGAAGAACCCCUGGUGAGUGAAGGGGAUUAUAGAGCAAUGAAUCUGAUGCAUUUGUGCAUACAACUAAAAAUCACUUUUGACUAGGGCCCAUGGUCAAAAGUAGUGUACUGCAUAGGGAAUAGGGUGCCAUUUGGGACACAGCCAUUGACCUAAAAGGAAUGUUUGUUGAUUUGUGUGUUGACAGAUGCGGGGGUCACUGAUGGUUCAUUGUUUGAGGUGUUGCGUGAGACCAUCCACUCUGAGGUUGCUACUGUGAUAUCUCAGGAUGAGACCAGGCCCUGUUUUCUCAAAGAGCUGUUUCAGCAGCUGUAGCUGCUCAACUCGGACUACCUACGGCAGAGAGCACUGUUCGCCCUGAAGCUGUAGCUGCUCAACACGGACUACCUACGGCAGAGAGCACUGUUCGCCCUGAAGCUGUAGCUGCUCAACACGGACUACCUACGGCAGAGAGCACUGUUCGCCCUGAAGCUGUAGCUGCUCAACACGGACUACCUACGGCAGAGAGCACUGUUCGCCCCGAAGCUGUAGCUGCUCAACACGGACUACCUACGGCAGAGAGCACUGUUCGCCCUGAAGCUGUAGCUGCUCAACACGGACUACCUACGGCAGAGAGCACUGUUCGCCCUGAAGCUGUAGCUGCUCAACACGGACUACCUACGGCAGAGAGCACCUGGUAGGUACACGGACUACCUACGCAGAGAGCACUGUUCGCCUGAAGCUGCUCAACACGGACUACCUACGGCAGAGAGCACUGUUCGCCCUGAAGCUGUGGCUGCUCAACACGGACUACCUACGGCAGAGAGCACUGUUCGCCCUGAAGCUGUAGCUGCUCAACACGGACUACCUACGGCAGAGAGCACUGUUCGCCCUGAAGCUGUAGCUGCUCAACACGGACUACCUACGGCAGAGAGCACUGUUCGCCCUGAAGCUGUAGCUGCUCAACAUGGACUACCUACGGCAGAGAGCACUGUUCGCCCUGAAGCUGUAGCUGCUCAACACGGACUACCUAAGGCAGAGAGCACUGUUCGCCCUGAAGCUGUAGCUGCUCAACACGGACUACCUACGGCAGAGAGCACUGUUCGCCCUGAAGCUGUAGCUGCUCAACACGGACUACCUACGGCAGAGAGCACUGUUCGCCCUGAAGCUGUAGCUGCUCAACACGGACUACCUAAGGCAGAGAGCACUGUUCGCCCUGAAGCUGUAGCUGCUCAACACGGACUACCUAAGGCAGAGAGCACUGUUCGCCCUGAAGCUGUAGCUGCUCAACACGGACUACCUACGGCAGAGAGCACUGUUCGCCCUGAAGCUGUAGCUGCUCAACACGGACUACCUACGGCAGAGAGCACUGUUCGCCCUGAAGCUGUAGCUGCUCAACACGGACUACCUACGGCAGAGAGCACUGUUCGCCCUGAAGGUACUGGAACAAUUGAACUGUGCCAUUUACCAUCUACAGGUGUUAUACAAUAGGCUAUUGUCACCACGGUAAUACAAGAGCCAUAUGAGAUUGUUGUUUUUAUAAUAAUCAAUUUUCCAUUACUUGCAGGACAUAGUGGCUCGGCAUCUUUCUGAGAGAGAUGUGUCUGAAGACCAGCCUAUGCCUCCCAGCCCUGUUCUCCAGGCUUCCGCCACCACAGAACUGACAUCCAGAAAGAUCAUGUUCUCAACGUAUGCUGUAUGUUUUUCUCUGACCUGCAAUCACCUGACUAAUGUAACACAUGACAUCCUUUGUUUGUUUUAUGACCAGACCGAAAUUACCACAACAAGAAUAAUAUUAAUGUCACUGUUUAUUGGAUUUGUAACAGGAUUACUCAGGAAAGAGACAGAAAAGAAAUGUCUCAGAAGGAGGUGAAUGCAUGCUGUCUAUCGCCUCCCACCUUAAGCCAUUUGCCAAUGAGGAUCUGGGUAAGAACAGUUCAUGGAUUUGAACAGUGCUGUCUCCUUAAUGAAUAGUCAAUGCUAUAUGUCUAAGUGUCUGUUUAACUUUGAUCUGUUGCUAUGAUUGACUGGACACCCUGCUGUUUUCUAGGUGCCUGUGAUGGUACUAACUCUUGCUUAACUGAGAUCCAGUGUGCACAAGUUGACACUCAACAACUUGACAGGCAGAUAAACAUUAUCAUGGCUGAGAUCCUUCCCAUUUUGAAGGUUAGUGUCACGACUUCCGCCGAAGCUGCCUCCCCUCCUUGUUCGGGCAGGUUUCGGCGUUCAUCGUCACCGGCUUACUAGCUACUGCCGAUCCCAUUCUCAUCACUCCACUUGUCAUGUCUUGUCUUGUCAAUCACACACACCUGGUGCUCAUUCGCCUAAUUAGUAUGUGUAUAAGUGUUCCCUCUGUUCCCCUUGUCUUUGUGAGUGAUUGUUUCAUUGUGAGAGCGAGUAGCUCGGUUGAGCUACUCUUCCAUUUGUUAUUGCCAAGGUGGAAUAUUUCCCUUGUAAUAGUUUCGUAUUGACGGUUGGUGCGUUUUAUUUAUGUAAACGGAAUAAACUCUGGACUUCGGUGUUUUACCUCCUGCGCUUGACUCCUUCAUUCACACCUCAUCACAGUUAGACACAAUGCUUGGUGUAGGCUACUUGCAAUUUCAAUGCCCUGAAUGUGUAUACUCAUUAUAUUUUUACAAUUUCUAAGCUGAAAAAGAUUUAUUUAGAACUGAAAUGAAGAACUUCUUAAUUUCUCACAGUGUGUGUUGUGUUGUCAGGAGCGUGUAGAGGAGGAGAUCUUCUUAUCUCCUGGCCUCCAUCAGACACAAGGUUCUGGCUCUGACAGAGCAAAGGGGCGGGAGCAAAGAAUUCAUCCGGUUCUUCCACAAACAGCUCAAUGAUGUUCUGCAGGUGAGAAAACAUCACGUCCUGUCUGCAUCCCAAAUGGCACCCUAUUCCCUAUAAAGUGCACUACUUUUGACCCAUACUGUAGGGCUCUGGUGAAAAGUAGUGCGCUAUGUAGGGAAUUGGGUGCCAUUUGGGACAUAACUGAUCCUAUUGGUCUUUUGACAUUAACUUAUAUCUGACUGGGUUUAAAACCAUCUCUCUCUUUAUUUCACCUUUGUCAGAGUUCCAUGGCUCAGUAUGCAGGGAGGCCGUUGAGAGAAAGUGGUGGUGAUCUACUGGGGGACCUCUCUGAGAUCAUCUUCAAUGAGCUGGCCUUCUUCCACCUGAUGCAGGACAUGAACAGCUCAGCAGUCAAGCAGAACAUUCAAUGCACCAACACCAUCACAGCUCCUGCAGUGAAAUGGACCUGCUACCCUGAUGUUGGUAUUAGUGUUAGACAAUGUGUUUAUUUUAUUUACCAUCAUAUAGCUGUUUGACAAAUGCAGCCAAAUUGUUAUUUCAUUUAUUCAUUGUUUUCCAGGAGACAAAAUCAUUGGCGGAACAACAGCCAUACCCGACAGCACUGGAAGAUGAAGAUAAAGUAUAUUUACUAUUUUAGUCCUGUCUUUUCCCCUUUUAAUUUACAUACACUAUAUAUACAAAAGUAUGUGGACAACCCUUCAAAUUAGUAAAAUCGAGCACACAGCCAUGCAAUCUCCAUAGACAAAUAUUGGCAGUAGAAUGGCCUUACUGAAGAACUCAAUGACUUUCAACGUGGCACCGUCAUAGGAUGCCACCUUUCCAACAAGUCAGUUUGUCAAAUUUCUGCCCUGCUAGAGCUGCCCCAGUCAACUGUAUAUGCUGUUAUUGUGAAGUGGAAACGUCUAGGAGCAACAUCAGCUUAGCCGCAAAGUGGUAGGCCACACAAGCUUACAGAAUGGGACCGCCAAGUGCUGAAGUGCGUAGCGCGUAGAAAUCGUCUGUCCUCGGUUGCAACACUCACUAUCAAGUUCCAACUGCCUCUGGAAGCAAUUUCAGCACAAGAACUGGUAUUUGAGAGCUUCAUAGAAUGGGUUUCCAUGGCCGAGCAGCCGCACACAAGCCUAAGAUCACCAUGUGCAAUGCAAGCGUCUGCUGGAGUGGUGUAAAGCUUGCCGCCAUUGGACUCUGGAGCAGUGGAAACGGGUUCUCUGGAGUGAUGAAUCACGCUUCAUCAUCUGGCAGUCCGACGGACAAAUCUGGGUUUGGCGGAUGCCAGGAGAACGCUACCUGCCCCAAUGCAUAGUGCCAACUGUAAAGUUUGGUGGAGGAGGAAUAAUAGUCUGGGGCUGUUUUUCAUGGUUCGGGCCAAGCCUCUUAGUUCCAGUGAAGGGAAAUCUUAACGCUACAGCGUACACUGACAUUCUAGACGAUUCUGUGCUUCCAACUUUGUGGCAACAGUUUUGGGAAGGACCUUUCCUGUUUCAGCAUGUCAAUGCCCCCUUGCACAAAGUGAGGUCCCUACAGAAAUGGUUUGUUGAGAUUGGUGUGGAAGAACUUGACUGGCCUGCACAGAGCCCUGACCUCAACUUCAUCGAACACCUUUGGGAUCAAUUGGAAUGCCAACUGCGAGCCAGGCCUAAUUGUACCCUAUUCCCUUUGUAGUGCACUACUUCUGACCAUAGCCCUGAUCAAAAGUAGUGCACUACAUAGUGAACAUGGUGCCGUUUGAGAUGUAGACCCUGCCAUCUACAAAAUUCCUAAACGACUGUAUCUUGAAUGUGUUUUGUUAGGACAAGGAUGAAGCAGAGCGGAGGGAGAAUGUGCUGAGGCAGGGGAAAGGAUGACUAGUUUGAAAGAUAACAGCUGCAAUGAUGCCUUAGAAGGAGAAGAAGUGGAAGAUCUGAAUGACAGUGAAGGACUGCUUCUAUCAAUAAGUAAGCUUCAAAAUUGUAUUUCACCUUGGUUAAUACAUAUAUGAUUCUGAUAUUGUGUGAAGUGUUUGAUUUGGUCUGUGUUGGUCCUGUAGACCUGUCUAAGGCAGACACCCAGGCUCUGACUAACUACAGAAGCAGAGAGGACGAGAAUGAGGAAGAGGAAGAAAAAGACUUCAAGGCUGAGCCUGAUGACGUCCAGACCUCUCUCCAAGCC